AUGUCACAAGUUACUUCACAGCCUUCCGAAGCAUCAAAAGCAGAACAGUUUUUACCAAACAAUCUAUCACUACCUUUAUAUGUCCCAUUGAAUCGUGAUUUCCAACGUGAUUUUGAGAAAAUAUUUCGGGCUAAUGCCAAUGACUUGACAACCCCAGCCGUAAAUCAACUUCGCUCAGCUACGAAAAACUACAUCAAUUACAUACUUGAGAAUGACUCAUUAGGUUUUGAUGAACUGACGCUAAACAAUUUUGCCCUUGCUUAUAAGAAGAUUUUGGAGUCACGAUGUAAUUUGAAGAAAUUUGAAUCCAUUGGUGCUGAUUCAAGAAUCAUGGACUAUUUGAAAACAUCACAACCUUUGACCUUGGAGACUCUUGACAUGUAUCAUUCUAUGGACAAGCCAAAUUAUGAAGAGAUUUUAUCUGAACUGCAAUCUUUUACAUCUACAACAGAGGUGCAAAAUCACUUGAAAUUGGAUGAGUUUUAUCAAUUUCUAAGAGGAAUCAUAUUUGUACUUAAACAUCCAGAACAACCAGUUCCUGACGAAUUAGCAGAUGAUGAGGAUUUGGGAAUUAGCGGUGGUACAAUCUCAUUAAAAGAUCCACUUACAUUGAAUUUAUUUGUUAAUCCAGUCAUUGCUACUUGUGGUCAUACGUUCGAAUCCCUGAGUAUUCGUCAGCAAAUUCAAGAACAUCCUUCUGGUGUAAUGGAAUGUCCUACUUCAGGUUGUGAUAACCGGUUGCUGAUGAGUAAUUUGAAACUGGAUACAUUGAUGAAAAUACGAAUUAGGUGCGCAAGCAAACUACAACAAACUAAUGAUGAUUUAGACAUUGUUCAUUAA